GCAGAGUUGUGGGUGACCCUGCUUGCUGGAUAUAAGAUGUGGUCGGCUGUUCCGUCUGAUUGGGAUCCCCCUACACCGGAGUCAGAAGCUAUUCAUGUUUCGAAUCGGGGACCUUGAUCAACAUCACAGGUCUAACUCCGCCGACCUGACGUCGAUACCUACUCUACAUACCUUCAGCGUCAGUGAUCUGAUGUAGAGGAUUCUUUUUUAAAAAGACCAUCUCGACCCGGAAACAUUCCAUCGAUCCAGACUGUUUAUUACCUCCAAGGCAACAGCAUUACUUCUAGUCGAAAUAAGAACCCCUAGGUCUCAUCUUACACACCAAGAUUGAAGAGAAUCAUAUCUUGUUACACCAACAAGCAGCCUAGAAAGACAAGCCAUCCACCACCAGUCUACCACCACAUCCACAUAUCCUCUCCCGCAUCCACCCGCCCGCAAAAGCAUUUAAGGACUUUGGUGACGAAUAAGAGAAAAAGGAGACCAAGAAGAACGAAAGGCCCCAAGACCCUGGAACAGCACAUAGCACACAACAGGGUCGGCAAUAAGAUCCGCUCGAGACACGUCCGCCAUUCUGCAGUCAGCAAUCCGCCGUAUCAACAGCGGGAAGCAGCAACAAAAUAAGCCGUACUUUACACAAGCAGCGACCGGCUUGCAAAUCAAAUCCCAAUCCCUAUCCCUAUCCCUAUCCUCGCCGUCCAGUUCUCUGAACUCCGCAGCGGACUUUACCUCCUCGCGGCUAGCUCUUGGGACCAGAAAGAAAAAAGGCUGCUAGCGCGCUGCUACUACCAGCUACAUCCCACAACUUGGCUACGUACCAGACGUACUUUUGAUACACGACGGUGGCCAGUUGACCACACACACUCUCCAAAUUGAGCACAAAACGGAACCAGGAUUCCUUCUUGAGGCCGUCUCAUUUUCAUAACUACUGGGCCCGCCCGCGCACUCGGACAUAAAGACGUCGCCGACCGUUAAUGCCACCCGCAGCAGGCCAGGCCAGCAAACCCACACCCACGCUCACGCCCACGCCCACGCCUACACCACCACCUACCUAUUCGUAAGGUACCUACCUGGUCCUACGAAUACCUACCCAACGCACCGCAUCCGCACUCGCUCCAGCUCCAGCUCUAGCUCCAGCUCCUCCAGCAGCAGACUCUCCCCGACAGAACUCCCCUAGUCUGCCCUGUCUGCCCUCCACUGUACCCGUCGUACCGCCGUACUUGCAUCGUAAAGGUACGGGGCAAAGUACCGCACCAAAACGACCAGCAUCAGCACCAAGCACCCGCAACGCACACACCCACCCCCCCCUGCCUAUCCUCUCUCUUCUCCUCUCUCCUCAACCUCCACUGCUUGCUUGCUCUGCCCUCCUUAGCAUUGCGAGCGACCGAACUCUAUCAACCCCAAAAGCUUCCGAGGCCUUUUCCCUGCGCAUCACAUAAUCUCGCGCGCGCACAUUAGACGCACCCCGUCUACUCCCCGUCGUCUCCCCGUUGCUGCUCGACAUUAAUAAUUUGUCUACGCCCUCCAUCCCAGUACCUUGCCGUGCUUACUGUCCCGCCCUCUUGACCCUAGCGCCGCGGACUCUUGGCUGUGUCAUCCCGACUCUUUUACCUUUUUGGUUUAUUCUUCUCUUUAACUGGGUCGACUUCGUUCUCGCUAUCCUAUAUAGUUCACUUACACGCCUCUCACCUCCCUCACCCACAGACUUAUACGCACUUUGCCCCUCGGUCUACAUCAACAACAUCUUCCCCUUCCACACAUCGCCACACCUUAUCCUUCCUUACUACUAUAACAACAACAACUACUACUAUUCCAUACUAUCCCAAUAACUAGUAAUCAUUCACCACCACCACAAUGGGAAGCGGCCUACCCACACCUCCCUUGGAGGACCAAAAAUCCAGAAAGAGCUCCUCCUCCAGCUCCAAGUCUAUCAAGCCCAACCGCCAUACUGCCAAGCGCGCCAGCCCUCACAACGCGACACAACAUCACGAUCAUAACUCUCAAGCCAUGUCUGCCGAUGGACGUCACAAGAGAGUAUGGAAGGCUUGCGAAAGGUGCCGUAUGAAGAAGACCAAGUGCGACGGAGAAUUCCCCUGCAAAAGGUGUAAGGACGAUGGUCUUGUCUGCACCGCCGGCGUUCGCAAGAAGACGGAAUACAAGCAGCUACCCAGAGGCUACGCCGAAGUUCUCGAGCACACCCAAUUCGCCCUCAUUGCCACCGUCCACAAGUUGUACUCCAUGGUUAGGAACCAACAACAAUGGGACCUUGGCGAGCCCGAGCUCAACGAUAGAGGACAACCCGUCAUCCACAACAUUGCCCAGAAGCUUGGAUGUAUCCGCCCCAACAGCGAUAUCGACUUGCCAGUUCACUCGGUGUUCCCUGAGGAUGAGGCGGGCUUGGCCGAGUUGGCGCGCCAACUGGAGGAACAGCAAAAGGAACGCGAUGUUGAGAAGGCCAUGAAGGUCGAGGUCGAUUCUAACUCAAGUUGCGAGCGUUCAGACCGCGCAAGCUCCUCCGACAUUGAUCACUCGGAAUUCGAGGCCGACUACCGCAAAGCUGUCUUUGGCGGCCACAACAACCCCAUGACCAUGUCUCCGCAAAGCUUCUCUACCGGAUACACUGAGUUUGACGUAGACUCAGUUGCCUCGCCCAUCGAUCCCACCGCCGCCAUGUUCCAGCAAAAUCAGUCACCGCCCAUGAACGCUUACCAACAAUGGAAUAUGCCCAGGCAAUCAGCACCCUCUUCAAUGGAUCUCGCUCAGCAAUUCUUCCAACAUCCCGCCGCUCUCACCAACAUGGAUAUGCUUAACCAAGGCCUGAUCGAGUCAGAAUUCGGCACUAUCAAGCCCCACGUUCUCAACUGUCCGAAUCCGGAAGUCAUGAUGGGAAUGGGCGACCCGAUGAUCUACGGAGGCUAUGACGGCGAGCCAAUGCGACUGUAACCCCCAUCAUUCCAGCCACUGAGCAUUUCGAGUACGGAUCAUGAGUUAUAGAGUUGGGGGCUUUCGGUCGGGCUACGGCCAUCAGGCGCACAGAAGACAUUGGGGUCAUUGGGUUUUGCGAUUUUAUGGGAUUUUCAACGAUACACCGCGAAGGCGUUGCUUUUUCUGGGAAAGGACCCUCCCCACAUCUCGCGAGAGAGAGAAAAAGGCGUAUGACGGUUAUUUUUUGGGUGGUUUGAUUUUUAUGUUUUAUUUGGUCAAGCUCGGAUGAGGUUAAUCGCCACCGUUCAAUGUAUUCGGGGGCAAUAGUGAGCGGGAAACGGCCUUUAGGGAAGAAGGAUUUAUUAGCAUUGAGGCGAACGAUUUUUCAUGUUACGACGACACCAAAAAUCGAAACCAUUGUAUCAACUUUUUCUGAUCAUGUUUAUUUGGCUUGUGUGAUUUUGCUUUGGGAUGAGCUUUAGAGAAAGAGUUUAUCUUACCGCCCACCCCCCUCCUUUCACAGAGUUGGGACGAGGACAAGCUUGCAUAAAGCUGAGCCGGGGGUAGAGGUCAAAGUACCUCAAUGUAAAAAAAAACAGAUACAGAAUACCACCACUCUUCGAGUCAACAGAAC